CUUCAGUUAAUCCACGCAGGUAAACAGGUUUAAGUGAUUAACCCUUAUCUGCGAUUGCCAUUUCCUCGGAAAUCGGUACAUAACAAGGUCCGGGUCUUUCUUUUGUAAACAUUUCUGAACUUUGCACCAGACGAGUGCUGGACUUGGUAGCAACGGGUGAGUUUGGAUCACGUGACAGGUUUACUAUAAAGGUGUUUUCCGUCAGCUCGGCCCAUCUUCCCCAGAUCCUUCAGCAGUAAACUUCGUGACACUAUUGGUUGCCACUCUUCUAAGAGGUGCUGAUAAUGGCUGGUCGGGAUACAUGGGAUGAAAAAAGGGAGGCUUACAUACUAAAAAAUUCCAUUCAGGAGAUCAUCGAAGACCUCAACAAGCAUCACAAGAACGUUAACAUUUCCCGCGUGGCCGGAAGUUCUGUAGCCAUCGCCACGGGAGGUACUGCGGCUGGCCUGGCCAUAGCCGCCCCCUUCACCCUGGGAGUCACCUUGAUUCCAGCCAUUGUGCUGGGGAUAGUGUCAGGUGUCAGUGGCGCUGUGUCUGUCGGCGCUUCUGUGACAGGACACUUCAUCAAGAAGCACAAUGUCAAGGAGGUCCAGAGGAAAUGGGAAGAAUUUCGUCUGAAGUUCCUGGAAAGGCACAACGUGAAAGAUAUAACAGAUAUGAAUGCAAGAGAAAGUGGGGAUGCCGUUGAAGGGGUUGGUGCUGUUGGUGUCGUGGCACGUUCAGCAGGGGGCGUUGCAGGCGGGAUUUUAAGGGGAGUUAAAGCAGCGGGGGCAGCUGCCAGAGCUGCUUCCCCUAUUUUGAUUGCUGCGGGCUUUGUAGCUCUGCCAUUGGAUCUCAUUGACUUAGUAUCGGCUGCCCACAGUCUAGACAAAGACACACCAUCGCCAGCAUCGAAAUCCCUUCAGGAUAUCGUAGAUUUCCUUGACAGAGUGAUCAAUGGAGAGUUUGACGAGCAGUGAAAAGUAUACUUGUCAACCCGGAGUAAAAUAUCCCUUCACUACGCAUGCGCAAGCGCUGCCUUGCGUUAGUUCCAUGGCAACCGAACUGUUUUUUUGUGUGAGCACUGUCCUUGGUGUGACCUUCGUCUGCAUGAUCACUUUUAGUAUUUUUUUCCUUUUUUGACUGGGAGUAGAAUAAAAAUACAGAGAUCAUUACACAUAUUUCGAGAGCAAUGCGGAAGCUUUUCUGCGAAGUUUGACAGCCCACAAAGCCGUUGAACAGUUUGUACAUCUCUGGGUCAGAUCCCUGGGCAGCGAAAGAUGCAGAAGGACCGGCGUACGUUACAGGUCAAUAUUAAUAUAUUAUCCGUUACUUAAAUAUGUCAUCUCACCUCUUGUGGUGUUGUUAAAACGAUCUAGAUAACUGAAAAUGCUCUUCACUGACGUUCACAUCUUGUGUUGCUCGUGAUUGUAGAAAAAGUAUACAAGUUCAUUGUUUUUUUGAUAUGGAUUUCGAUUUCGAUCGGUCUGUUCUUUGUGUCUGCAGUAUCAGUGAUUCACUGUGAAUGUGAAAUAGGUCGCCGUAGAACUGAGCUGCGGUGUGUUAUUAUGGUUUGAACAUUAAACACAACUUUGUGGCUUUGAUGUUGGUCAACAAUUUAGUUUAGACUAAUACCGUCUUUCAGGCUUGUAGCUUGAGUGUGCAUCUGCUACUAAUUUUCUUGUUGUAUUUCACUAUGGAGUGCUUACAUGCGUAUUACCAGAGAAAUAAAAUAUUCUUUUUGACAGUC